AUGGUGGCUCCUCCAAUCCAAAUCAUGGCUGCAGUGGAGGCUCCACCUUCCCAGGGAGGAGGGGAGCAGCAGGCGGUGUCCUCCCCAGCCCAGCAGCACCUAUCCCAGGCUAUCCCCUCCAGGCUGCUGGCCCCCCCUGGUCCGCCACCCCCGUCCCAGCCCAGCUCCUCUGCCCUGCCGGCUGCCAUGGCCGUGACACCCCCCGGCCCCGCCUCCAUGGCCAAUACAGUCGCCUCCCCCACCCAGCCCGCAGCCAGUAGCACGGCAGCAUGCAGCGGCGGCGGCUCCGCCCACACAGAGGUCAAGAUCAAGCAGGAGGCAGAGUCUAUGGAGAUGUGUCAACCAGGUAACUAUGGUAAAGUGUAUAUGUUUCUUUCCCAUAAUACCUCACGUCCUUUCUCCUUGCCUGUAGUCCCUCCUCUUGGACCUUCUUCUCCGAUGCGUUUUGAGAAGAGGGCGAAGAGAGGAUGUGAGGUAGGGGUUGUAACAAUUUUUUUUACGAUCGCGUCAUCUAGCGACGAUGGUGACGGAUGUUGACCUUGGAUGACGACAAACUCUCUGUCUGGCUCACCGUUUUAAAAUCUUCAUUUCCCUUUUUCUCCCUAAUCCCCGUUUUAGAUUUGAAUGUGACCUGUUGGCCUAGGCAUAGCCUCCUCUUUCAUGAUCAACCUUCGAAUGAAUCUAAUAGGCCUAACGCAGUUCCAUCUCAGGAAGUUAUUAGUGAAUAGCCUGAACAAAAACCUAAUAUAGUAAUAAUAAGAGGGAGAACAAACCUAUUGCAAGAUGGACUAAUCCAAUAGGAAGUUUAAACAAACCUGACACGUUUCUGCUUUACGUGAACAACGUGUAAGCAGUAUAAAUUGUGCCGUCAUACAAUCCCUCCUGGCAACCCCAAACAGCCAAUAAAAAUAGGCUACUGUCAGGAGAACAAGAAAUACAUUAAGGAUGAGUCGGUGUUGUCUCACAAACAACAAGAAUCAGAUAAUAAUUUGUUUUAUUUAGCCUAUAACAUUCUUUCUAACACUUGAAUGAACAUUGGCUUUAUGCUAAACACUAAAAGGUAUAUUAUUCUUAGGCUAUGCCUUUUGCCUAUCGAAGUUAAGGCUGAAAUUAAAGAUCUCAGAAAUGUUCCAUACACACAUUUGUUUACAUCCCUGUUAGUGAGCAUUUCUCCUUUGCCAAGAUAAUCCAUCCACUUGACAGGUGUAGCAUAUCAAGAAGCUGAUUAAACAGCAUGAUCAUUACACAGGUGCACCUUGUGCUGGGGACAAUUCAAGGCCACUUUAAAAUGUGCAGUUUUGUCACACAACACAAUGCCACAGAUAUAUAUAAAAAAACUCUAAAAUGUGCAGUUUUGGCAUGCUGACUGCAGGAAUGUCAACCAGAGCUUUUGCCAUAUGCCGCCUCCAACGUUGUUUUAUAGAAUUUGGCAGUACAUCCAACGGGCCUCAACCGCAGACCACGUGUAACCACGCCAGCCCAGGACCUCCACAUCCAGCUUCUUCACCUGCGGGAUCGUCUGAGACCAGCCACCCGGACAGCUGAUGAAACUGUGGGUUUGCAGAACCCGAAGAAUUUCUGCACAAACUGUCAGAAACCGUCUCAGGGAAGCUCAUCUGCGUGCUCAUCGUCCUCACCAAGGGUCUUGACCUGACUGCAGUUCUGCGUCGUAAAUCGACUUCAGUGGGCAAAUGUUCUCCUUCGAUGGCCACUGGCACGCUGGAGAAGUGUGCUCUUCACAGAUGAAUCCCGGUUUCAACUGUACCGGACAGAUGGCAGACCGCAUGUUUGCUGAUGUCAGUGUAGUGAACAGUGUGCCCAAUGGUGGGGUUAUGGUAUGGGCAGGCAUAAGCUACGGACAAUUAACACAAUUGCAUUUUAUCGAUGGCAAUUUGAAUACACAGAGAUACCAUGAUGAGAUCCUGAGGCCCCAUUGUCGUGCCAUUCAUCCGCCGCCAUCACCUCAUGUUUCAGCUUGAUAAUGCACGGCCCCAUGUCGCAAGGAUCUGUACACAAUUCCUGGAAGCUGAAAAUGUCCCAGUUCUUCCAUGGCCUGCCUACUCACCAGACAUAUUCCAGUACCCGCCAAUAUCCAGCAACUUCGCACAGCCAUUGAAGAGGAGUGGGACAACGUUCCACAGGCCACAAUCAACAGCCUGAUCAACUCUAUGCAAAGGAGAUGUGUCGCCUUGCAUGAGGCAAAUUGUGGUCACACCAGAUACUGACUGGUUUUAUGAUCCAUGCCCCUACCUUUUUUUGUAAAAGGUAUCUGUGACCAACAGAUGCAUAUCUGUAUUCCCAGUCAUGUGAAAUCCAUAGAUUAGGACCUAAUUUAUUUAUUUCAAUUGACUGAUUUCCUCAUAUGAACUGUAACUCGGUAAAAUCUUUGAAGUUGUUGUCGUUUUGUUCAUGUUCAGUGUAUUUAUAACAUUCUUUAUCUGCGGCCAAGCCCUUCGCCAAACCAUUAAGACAACAUCAGGUGCUGCAAAAGGAGUAGCCAAUGGCUCUGGCUGAAGAGGGAAAGACCCCAGCUGGGCCCCAAAGCGACCGGGGAGAAAACUAGACAGGUACAGCGGGAGUUAGUGUUGAGCCAUUUUGAGAUGUCGUGGGCUCAUCAAUGAAACAUUAAGGAUGGAAGGUGCCCACUUGAAAACCUCAAUGCUGUAUCUGCUCUGUCCCUAUUCGUUUCUCAACACCGGAGCAUGUUUUUUUCUUUUUUCGGUUAAUGCUCAUGAUCUUGCACAAGGGAUUUUGUAUUUGUAUUUAUUAGCUGUCAGUCCAAUGCUGAACCAGUAUGUUGGAGACACCCACCAAUGGCUACGAACAUAACUAAAUAAAAAUACCCCUUGAGUCUGCGAGAGCAGAAGAUGAUUCAUCAAUGGAUAACACGGUUACAGAGCAGAAGACGAUUCAUCAAUGGAUAACACGGUUACAGAGCAGAAGAUGAUUCAUCAAUGGAUAACACGGUUACAGAGCAGAAGAUGAUUCAUCAAUGGAUAACACGGUUACAGAGCAGAAGAUGAUUCAUCAAUGGAUAACACGGUUACAGAGCAGAAGAUGAUUCAUCAAUGGAUAACACGGUUACAGAGCAGAAGAUGAUUCAUCAAUGGAUAACACGGUUACAGAGCAGAAGAUGAUUCAUCAAUGGAUAACACGGUUACAGAGCAGAAAAAAAGGAACACAAAAGACUAGGGAGGAAGAAGAGAACUUUACAAGAAAAUCAACAACCGGUUUGUUCCUGCGGCUGGAAGAAAGAAAGUAACAUCUUCAAAGGGCUUGAAAAUACGCCAAGGAAAGAAAAGUUUAUUGGAGGGCGAAACAGGGACUGUUGGAAAAGCAUUCCAGGUGAAGCUGGUUGAGAGAAUGCCAAGAGUGUGCAAAGCUGUCAUCAAGGCAAAGGGUGGCUAUUUGAAGAAUAUCAAAUAUAUUUUGAUUUAACACUUUUUUGGAUACUACAUGAUUCUAUAUGCGUUAUUUCAUAGUUUUGAUGUCUUCACUGUUAUUCUACAAUGUAGAAAAUAGUAAAAAAUUAAGAAAAACCCUGGAAUGAGUUGGUGUGUCCAACCUUUUGACUGGUACUGUACAUUAUUUUUUUUAUUUUUUUACAUGAAGGCAGGGUAAAGUGACUAGUCAUCAGGAUAGAUAAUAAGGUAUUUGAGGUGGGGCGGCAGGUAGCUUAGUGGUUAAGAGCGUUGUGCCAGUAACCGAAAGGUCGCUGGUUCUAAUCCCCGAGCCGACUAGGUGAAAAACCUGUCGAUGUGCCCUUGAGCAAGGCACUUAACCCUAAUUGCUCCUGUAAGUCGCUCUGGAUAAGAGCGUCUGCUAAAUGACCAAUUUAUUUAUUUAUUUAUAUGUACAUGAAGGCAGGGUAAAGUGACUGACUAGGCAUCAGGAUAGAUAAUAAUAAUAAUAAGGUAUUUGAGGUAGAUAUGUACAGUGAGGGAAAAAAGUAUUUGAUCCCCUGCUGAUUUUGUACGUUUGCCCACUGACAAAGAAAUUAUCAGUCUAUAAUUUUAAUGGUAGGUUUAUUUGAACAGUGAGAGACAGAAUAACAACAACAAAAUCCAGAAAAACGCAUGUCAAAAAUGUUAUAAAUUGAUUUGCAUUUUAAUGAGGGAAAUAAGUAUUUAACCCCCUCUCAAUCAGAAAGAUUUCUGGCUCCCAGGUGUCUUUUAUACAGGUAACGAGCUGAGAUUAGGAACACACUCUUAAAGGGAGUGCUCCUAAUCUCAGCUUGUUACCUGUAUAAAAGACACCUGUCCACAGAAGCAAUCAAUCAAUCAGAUUCCAAACUCUCCACCAUGGCCAAGACCAAAGAGCUCUCCAAGGAUGUCAGGGACAAGAUUGUAGACCUACACAAGGCUGGAAUGGGCUACAAGACUAUCGCCAAGCAGCUUGGUGAGAAGGUGACAACAGUUGGUGUGAUUAUUCGCAAAUGGAAGAAACACAAAAGUACUGUCAAUCUCCCUCGGCCUGAGGCUCUGUGCAAGAUCUCACCUCGUGGAGUUGCAAUGAUCAUGAGAACGGUGAGGAAUCAGCCCAGAACUACACGGGAGGAUCUUGUCAAUGUUCUCAAGGCAGCUGGGACCAUAGUCACCAAGAAAACAAUUGGUAACACACUACGCCGCGAAGGACUGAAAUCCUGCAGCGCCCGCAAGGUCCCCCUGCUCAAGAAAGCACAUAUACAGGGCCGUCUGAAGUUUGCCAAUGAACAUCUGAAUGAUUCAGGGGAGAACAGGGUGAAAGUGUUGUGGUCAGAUGAGACCAAAAUGGAGCUCUUUGGAAUCAACUCAACUCGCCGUGUUUGGAGGAGGAAUGCUGCCUAUGACCCCAAGAACACCAUCCCCACUGUCAAACAUGGAGGUGAAAACAUUAUGCUUUGGGGGUGUUUUUCUGGUAAGGGGACAGGACAACUUCACCACAUCAAAGGGACGAUGGACGGGGCCAUGUACCAUCAAAUCUUGGGUGAGAACCUCCUUCCCUCAGCCAGGGCAUUGAAAAUGGGUUGUGGAUGGGUAUUCCAGCAUGACAAUGACCCAAAACACACGGCUAAGGCAACAAAGGAGUGGCUCAAGAAGAAGCACAUUAAGGUCCUGGAGUGGCCUAGCCAGUCUCCAGACCUUAAUCCAUAGAAAAUCUGUGGAGGGAGCUGAAGGUUCGAGUUGCCAAACGUCAGGCUCAAAACCUUAAUUACUUGGAGAAUAUCUGCAAAGAGGAGUGGAACAAAAUCCCUCCUGAGAUGUGUGCAAACCUGGUGGCCAACUACAAGAAACGUCUGACCUCUGUGAUUGCCAACAAGGGUUUUGCCACCAAGUACUAAGUCAUGUUUUGCAGAGGGGUCAAAUACUUAUUUCCCUCAUUAAAAUGCAAAUCAAUUCAUAAUAUUUUUGCCUUGCAUUUUUCUGGAUUUCUUUGUUGUUAUUCUGUCUCUCACUGUUCAAAUAAACCUACCAUUAAAUUAUAGACUGAUAAUUUCUUUGUCAGUGGGCAAACGUACAAAAUCAGCAGGGGAUCAAAUACUUUUUUCCCUCACUGUACAUGAAGGCAGGGUAAAGUGACUAGGCAUCAGGAUAGAUAAUAAUAAGGUAUUUGAGGUAGAUAUGUACAUGAAGGCAGGGUAAAGUGACUAGGCAUCAGGAUAUAUAAUAAUAAGGUAUUUGAGGUAGAUAUGUACAUGAAGGCAGGGUAAAGUGACUAGGCAUCAGGAUAGAUAAUAAUAAGGUAUUUGAGGUAGAUAUGUACAUGAAGGCAGGGUACAGUGACUAGGCAUCAGGAUAGAUAAUAAUAAGGUAUUUGAGCUAGAUAUGUACAUGAAGGCAGGGUAAAGUAACUGUGUGUCAGUGGAGAUAGUUAAUGAACUAUUUAGCAGUAUGGCUAUUUAGCAGUCUUGUUGGGGGUAGAAGCUGUCUCAGAGCAUGUUGGUCUGAGAGCCGGCACUCCGGUACCGUUUGUCAGAUGGUAGCAGAGUGAACAGUCUAUGGCUUGGGUGGCUGGAGUCUUUGGCAAUUUUUCAGGCCUUCCUCUGACACCGCCUGGUAUAGAGGUCCUGGAUGGCAGGGAGCUCGGCCCCAGUGACGUACUGGUCUGUCCUGGUAUAGAGGUCCUGGAUGGCAGGGAGCUCGGCCCCAGUGACGUACUGGUCUGUCCUGGUAUAGAGGUCCCUCUGUAGCGCUUUGCGGUCAGUUCAGGAGGUAGGUUGAGAUAGAACCCCUAAUCUGUGAGAGGAGGUAGGUUGAGAUAGAACCCCUAAUCUGGGAGAGGAGGCAGGUUGAGAAUGAACCCCUAAUCUGGGAGAGGAGGCAGGUUGAGAAUGAACCCCUAAUCUGGGAGAGAAGGUAGGUUGAGAUAGAACCCCUAAUCUGGGAGAGGAGGCAGGUUGAGAAUGAACCCCUAAUCUGGGAGAGGAGGUGGGUUGAGGUAGAACCCCUAAUCUGGGAGAGGAGGUAGGUUGAGAUAGAACCCCUAAUCUGGGAGAGGAGGAAGGUUGAGAAUGAACCCCUAAUCUGUGAGAGGAGGUAGGUUGAGAUAGAACCCCUAAUCUGGGAGAGGAGGCAGGUUGAGAUAGAACCCCUAAUCUGGGAGAGGAGGUAGGUUGAGAUAGAACCCCUAAUCUGGGAGAGGAGGCAUGUUGAGAUAGAACCCCUAAUCUGGGAGAGGAGGCAGGUUGAGAUAGAACCCCUAAUCUGGGAGAGGAGGCAGGUUGAGAUAGAACCCCUAAUCUGGGAGAGGAGGUAGGUUGAGAUAGAACGCCUAAUCUGGGAGAGGAGGCAGGUUGAGAUAGAACCCCUAAUCUGGGAGAGGAGGCAGGUUGAGAUAGAACCCCUAAUCUGGGAGAGGAGGCAGGUUGAGAUAGAACCCCUAAUCUGGGAGAGGAGGCAGGUUGAGAUAGAACCCCUAAUCUGGGAGAGGAGGCAUGUGAAGAAGCAGUGGAGGAAGGCUUUUACAAAGUGAGGUGGGAAUGAAAGGAACAACUUCAUAUUCAUCAUCUCCAGCACCACCCCAACAUCAACAUUUGUUGCACGUUUGUGUUUUGUAGCAAAAAAAAAGAUGGAGGAAGAUAAGUGUUUUCAAGACAUCAUCAACCAAUUAGUAGACAAUUGGUAGUGUUAGAUUCAAAAUAACCAGAGUAAAAAACCGUAUGGACGCCGAGUAAAGCUCAAACCAAGUUUAUUCUCCCACUGGGUCACACAGCUACACAGACAAAAACAUAUUCACACAAGCGCUGAUAUUUAACCCUUCCUAUGCGGAGUCUCCUCCUCACACAUCUGGUCAGCCAAUACAUCUCUGUUGCUAGGCAGAACUUUAGUGGUGACUGUUCUUUCUCACUUUAUCUGACCUGACCUCGGCCCGAAUUCCUCAAUCCUCCCCAACUCAGAGCUGUCCUGUUGACUUGUACCAAUCUGUGCCCCUCCUCUUUCUCUUAGGAUCCCUGAUGUCUAACAACAACAUGUUCUGACAGUACUGCAUUCCUCUCUCUCCCUCUGUGACAUGAUUAAGGAUGUUUUCAAGUUUCUAAGUCAGAACCCAUCAGUAGGCAAUGCCAACUUUUAUAAUUGGUUAAAAUCACACCGAUGCGCACCGAUGUGUUACGUUCCCCAGCAAGAUAACCAAAAUCAAAAAUGUCGCUCAAACAGAAGGGGGAUGUCACGAACGUCGUAUGAAGGAGUGGACCAAAGCGCAGCGUUAGUAGCGAACAUACUUGCUUUAUUUAAUUAAAGCAUACACACGAAAUAACAAAACAAUAAACGACUCGUGAAGUCCUCAGUGACAAUGACCGAACACGGAACAAAAACCCACAAACACAAAGUGAAACACAGACAGUUAAAUAUGGCUCCCAAUCAGAGACAACCAGCACACAGCUGACACCCGUUGCCUCUGAUUGGGAGUCACUCAGUCAAACAUAGAAAUAAACAACCUAGAACACCCAACAUAGAAACAGAACACAUAGAAUGAACACACCCUGGCUCAACAAAUAGAGUCCCAGAGCCAGGGUGUGACAGGGGAGCUAACCAAGAGUCACUGACCAACAACCAAAACGAAACAGGUGGGGUUUUAGGAGGGGUUCUGAAAGACACUCAUGGGGGUGUCCACUGAAGGUUGACCAGCGACAACAACUGGGACCUAAAAGACGACCACCAUGAGCGCCCACUAAAUUUGGCAAACAAAGGAAAAACCCCACAUCAAACUUAAAGACAGGAAGCAAACCAAAAAAGCCAACUAUAAAGGCGUUAACCCUCCACAUCUCUCAAGACAGCUGGAGCGCUGGGCCAGCCACUCUUAAAUAGCACCUGGGCCAGCACAGGUGAAACACCUUCCCAGGGUGAAAGUAGAUGUCAUUUCUUACUUGUGCGGGACACGUGUGCUCACACAUUAUUUUUUUUAUACUACAAAAAUUACAGAGUAGCCUACUCUGCUGACACCUGGCAAACAGAUCAAUAAAACCGAUGUUGUCUGAUCCAUAUAAUCGGCCUACGAAAAUGAGAGACACAAAUACUAUACUAACAACCUGGAAGAGGAAAUUAUUGUCCAAAAACAAACAAAAGUGGCACCAAUGAUAAAGACGGUGAAUAUGCACACUAUCCGGGGAUAUGGACGGUGUUCUCGCUGAUGCCAAUAAGGCUACUGUUCACUCAAUUAAGUUAAGAAUUUUGAUAACUAAAUGAUAGAUUGGAGUAUUUUCAUCGUCAUCUCUUUACAGCAGUAGCCAUUUGCUUUCCAAACGGGGGGGGGGGGGGGGGGGGGGGGGGGUGGGGGGGGCUCAUGUGCCUCAUGCAGCAAAUGUUAGUGCAUCGAAUCGCAUCGUUUCGUUCCUCUAAUGAAACCGAAUCGUUUCAAACUAAACGUAUCGUUCCUGUAUCGUAUCGGAGCCCAUGUAUCUAGAUAUGUAUCGAAUCAUCUUGAAAGGGAAAGAUGCACAUCCCUAGUUGAGUUUGACCAUGUCUCAGGCCUACCUUAAGGUUUCUGUUCACCUUUUCUUCCCCAGAGUAGCGAACUCAGCAGGACGGUGGAGGUUUGUAGUCUGUCCGUCCUUUGCCCUGAUCAUCUUUUUGCAUAUUCUGCAAGUGACUUGUCGCGUCUUCUUGCUCACAUUUGUCAUUAGGCCUGAAAACGAAAAACUAUUAAACAGACAUGAUUUUCUUUCCCACAAAGUCAGCCAUAGUUUUUUUCCAGAUUUAACUAAGGCAGGCUACACUAUAGUUACUAAGUGAAGGCAGGCUAUUCUAUAGUUACUAAGUGAAGGCAGGCUAUUCUAUAGUUACUAAGUGGAGGCAGGCUACACUAUAGUUACUAAGUGAAGGCAGGCUAUUCUAUGGUUACUAAGUGAAGGCAGGCUACUCUAUAGUUACUAAGUGAAGGCAGGCUAUUCUAUAGUUACUAAGUGAAGGCAGACUACACUAGAGUUACUAAGUGAAGGCAGGCUACACUAGAGUUACUAAGUGAAGGCAGGCUAUUCUAUAGUUACUAAGUGAAGGCAGGCUAUUCUAUAGUUACUAAGUGAAGGCAGGCUAUUCUAUAGUUACUAAGUGAAGGCAGGCUACUCUAUAGUUACUAAGUGAAGGCAGACUACACUAUAGUUGCUAAGUGAAGGCAGGCUAUUCUAUAGUUACUAAGUGAAGGCAGGCUACUCUAUAGUUGCUAAGUGAAGGCAGACUACACUGGAGUUACUAAGUGAAGGCAGGCUAUUCUAUAGUUACUAAGUGAAGGCAGACUACUCUAUAGUUACUAAGUGAAGGCAGGCUAUUCUAUAGUUACUAAGUGGAGGCAGGCUACACUAUAGUUACUAAGUGAAGGCAGGCUAUUCUAUGGUUACUAAGUGAAGGCAGGCUACUCUAUAGUUACUAAGUGAAGGCAGGCAAUUCUAUAGUUACUAAGUGAAGGCAGGCUACACUGGAGUUACUAAGUGAAGGCAGGCUAUUCUAUAGUUACUAAGUGAAGGCAGGCUAUUCUAUAGUUACUAAGUGAAGGCAGGCUAUUCUAUAGUUACUAAGUGAAGGCAGGCUACUCUAUAGUUGCUAAGUGAAGGCAGACUACACUGGAGUUACUAAGUGAAGGCAGGCAAUUCUAUAGUUACUAAGUGAAGGCAGGCUACACUGGAGUUACUAAGUGAAGGCAGGCUACACUAGAGUUACUAAGUGAAGGCAGGCUAUUCUAUAGUUACUAAGUGAAGGCAGACUACACUAGAGUUACUAAGUGAAGGCAGGCUACACUAGAGUUACUAAGUGAAGGCAGGCUAUUCUAUAGUUACUAAGUGAAGGCAGGCUACUCUAUAGUUACUAAGUGAAGGCAGGCUACUCUAUAGUUACUAAGUGAAGGCAGACUACACUGGAGUUACUAAGUGAAGGCAGGCAAUUCUAUAGUUACUAAGUGAAGGCAGGCUACACUGGAGUUACUAAGUGAAGGCAGGCUAUUCUAUAGUUACUAAGUGAAGGCAGGCUACUCUAUAGUUACUAAGUGAAGGCAGGCUAUUCUAUAGUUACUAAGUGAAGGCAGGCUACACUGGAGUUACUAAGUGAAGGCAGGCUAUUCUAGAGUUACUAAGUGAAGGCAGGCUACUCUAUAGUUACUAAGUGAAGGCAGGCUAUUCUAUUGUUACUAAGUGAAGGCAGACUACACUAGAGUUACUAAGUGAAGGCAGACUACACUAGAGUUACUAAGUGAAGGCAGGCUACACUAGAGUUACUAAGUGAAGGCAGGCUAUUCUAUAGUUACUAAGUGAAGGCAGGCUACUCUAUAGUUACUAAGUGAAGGCAGGCUAUUAUAUAGUUACUAAGUGAAGGCAGGCUAUUAUAUAGUUACUAAGUGAAGGCAGGCUAUUCUAUAGUUACUAAGUGAAGGCAGGCUACUCUAUAGUUACUAAGUGAAGGCAGGCAAUUCUAUAGUUACUAAGUGAAGGCAGACUACACUGGAGUUACUAAGUGAAGGCAGGCAAUUAUAUAGUUACUAAGUGAAGGCAGGCUACACUGGAGUUACUAAGUGAAGGCAGGCUAUUCUAUAGUUACUAAGUGAAGGCAGGCUACUCUGUAGUUACUAAGUGAAGGCAGGCAAUUCUAUAGUUACUAAGUGAAGGCAGACUACACUGGAGUUACUAAGUGAAGGCAGGCAAUUCUAUAGUUACUAAGUGAAGGCAGGCUACACUGGAGUUACUAAGUGAAGGCAGGCUAUUCUAUAGUUACUAAGUGAAGGCAGGCUACUCUAUAGUUACUAAGUGAAGGCAGGCUAUUCUAUAGUUACUAAGUGAAGGCAGACUACACUGGAGUUACUAAGUGAAGGCAGGCUAUUCUAUAGUUACUAAGUGAAGGCAGGCUACACUGGAGUUACUAAGUGAAGGCAGGCUAUUCUAUAGUUACUAAGUGAAGGCAGGCUACUCUAUAGUUACUAAGUGAAGGCAGGCUAUUCUAUAGUUACUAAGUGAAGGCAGGCUACACUAGAGUUACUAAGUGAAGGCAGACUACACUAGAGUUACUAAGUGAAGGCAGGCUACACUAGAGUUACUAAGUGAAGACAGGCUAUUCUAUAGUUACUAAGUGAAGGCAGGCUACUCUAUAGUUACUAAGUGAAGGCAGGCUACUCUAUAGUUACUAAGUGAAGGCAGGCUACACUAGAGUUACUAAGUGAAGGCAGGCUACACUAGAGUUACUAAGUGAAGGCAGGCUAUUCUAUAGUUACUAAGUGAAGGCAGGCUAUUCUAUAGUUACUAAGUGAAGGCAGGCUAUUCUAUAGUUACUAAGUGAAGGCAGGCUACUCUAUAGUUACUAAGUGAAGGCAGGCAAUUCUAUAGUUACUAAGUGAAGGCAGACUACACUGGAGUUACUAAGUGAAGGCAGGCUAUUCUAUAGUUACUAAGUGAAGGCAGGCUACUCUAUAGUUACUAAGUGAAGGCAGGCAAUUCUAUAGUUACUAAGUGAAGGCAGACUACUCUGGAGUUACUAAGUGAAGGCAGGCUAUUCUAUAGUUACUAAGUGAAGGCAGGCUACUCUAUAGUUUCUAAGUGAAGGCAGACUACACUGGAGUUACUAAGUGAAGGCAGGCUACACUAUAGUUACUAAGUGAAGGCAGGCUACUCUAUAGUUACUAAGUGAAUGCAGGCUACACUGGAGUUACUAAGUGAAGGCAGGCUACUCUAUAGUUACUAAGUGAAGGCAGGCAAUUCUAUAGUUACUAAGUGAAGGCAGACUACACUGGAGUUACUAAGUGAAGGCAGGCAAUUCUAUAGUUACUAAGUGAAGGCAGGCUACACUGGAGUUACUAAGUGAAGGCAGGCUAUUCUAUAGUUACUAAGUGAAGGCAGGCUACUCUAUAGUUACUAAGUGAAGGCAGGCAAUUCUAUAGUUACUAAGUGAAGGCAGGCUACACUGGAGUUACUAAGUGAAGGCAGGCUAUUCUAUAGUUACUAAGUGAAGGCAGGCUACACUGGAGUUACUAAGUGAAGGCAGGCUACACUAGAGUUACUAAGUGAAGGCAGGCUAUUCUAUAGUUACUAAGUGAAGGCAGGCUAUUCUAUAGUUACUAAGUGAAGGCAGGCUAUUCUAUAGUUACUAAGUGAAGGCAGGCUACUCUAUAGUUACUAAGUGAAGGCAGGCAAUUCUAUAGUUACUAAGUGAAGGCAGACUACACUGGAGUUACUAAGUGAAGGCAGGCUAUUCUAUAGUUACUAAGUGAAGGCAGGCUACUCUAUAGUUACUAAGUGAAGGCAGGCAAUUCUAUAGUUACUAAGUGAAGGCAGACUACUCUGGAGUUUACUAAGUGAAGGCAUGGCUAUUCUAUAGUUACUAAGUGAAGGCAGGCUACUCUAUAGUUACUAAGUGAAGGCAGGCUAUUCUAUAGUUUCUAAGUGAAGGCAGACUACACUGGAGUUACUAAGUGAAGGCAGGCUACACUAUAGUUACUAAGUGAAGGCAGGCUACACUAUAGUUACUAAGUGAAGGCAGGCUACACUAGAGUUACUAAGUGAAGGCAGGCUACACUAUAGUUACUAAGUGAAGGCAGGGUACUCUAUAGUUACUAAGUGAAUGCAGGCUACACUGGAGUUACUAAGUGAAGGCAGGGCUACUCUAUAGUGUACUAAGUGAAUGCAGGCAAUUCUAUAGUUACUAAGUGAAGGCAGACUAACACUGGAGUUACUAAGUGAAGGCAGGCAAUUCUAUAGUUACUAAGUGAAGGCAGACUACACUGGAGUUACUAAGUGAAGGCAGGCUAUUCUAUAGUUACUACGUGAAGGCAGACUACACUAGAGUUACUAAGUGAAGGCAGGCUACACUAGAGUUACUAAUUGAAGGCAGGCUAUUCUAUAGUUACUAAGUGAAGGCAGGAUAUUCUAUAGUUACUAAGUGAAGGCAGGCUAUUCUAUAGUUACUAAGUGAAGGCAGGCUAUUCUAUAGUUACUAAGUGAAGGCAGGCUACACUAGAGUUACUAAGUGAAGGCAGGCUACACUAGAGUUACUAAGUGAAGGCAGGCUACACUAUAGUUACUAAGUGAAGGCAGGCUAUUCUAUAGUUACUAAGUGAAGGCAGGCUAUUCUAUAGUUACUAAGUGAAGGCUAUUCUAUAGUUACUAAGUGAAGGCAGGCUACACUAUAGUUACUAAGUGAAGGCAGGCUAUUAUAUAGUUACUAAGUGAAGGCAGGCUAUUAUAUAGUUACUAAGUGAAGGCAGGCUAUUCUAUAGUUACUAAGUGAAGGCAGGCUACACUAUAGUUACUAAGUGAAGGCAGGCUAUUCUAUAGUUACUAAGUGAAGGCAGGCUAUUCUAUAGUUACUAAGUGAAGGCAGGCUAUUCUAUAGUUACUAAGUGAAGGCAGGCUAUUCUAUAGUUACUAAGUGAAGGCAGGCUAUUCUAUAGUUACUAAGUGAAGGCUAUUCUAUAGUUACUAAGUGAAGGCAGGCUAGUCUAUAGUUACUAAGUGAAGGAUAUUCUAUAGUUACUAAGUAAAGGCUAUUCUAUAGUUACUAAGUGAAGGCAGGCUACACUAUAGUUACUAAGUGAAGGCAGGCUACACUAUAGUUACUAAGUGAAGGCAGGCUAUUAUAUAGUUACUAUGUGAAGGCAUGCUAUUCUAUAGUUACUAAGUGAAGGCAGGCUACACUAUAGUUACUACGUGAAGGCAGGCUACACUAUAGUUACUAAGUGAAGGCAGGCUAUUCUAUAGUUACUAAGUGAAGGCAGGCUACACUAUAGUUACUACGUGAAGGCAGGCUACACUAUAGUUACUACGUGAAGGCAGGCUACACUAUAGUUACUAAGUGAAGGCAGGCUAUUAUAUAGUUACUAAGUGAAGGCAGGCUGUUCUAUAGUUACUAAGUGAAGGCAGGCUACACUAUAGAUACUAAGUGAAGGCUACACUAUAGUUACUAAGUUAAAUCUCAUCACAUCCUUGUUUUUAACAGUCUGAAACUGUCUGAAAGCAGCCUAAUGAAGAAAGAAUGUUAGAUGUGCUUACCCAGAUGAAAUAACAAUAGCCUACACUUGAUACGGCUAGAAUAUUAGUUUUUAAAAGGUAGGCUAAUAUAACUUAUAUCUGAGUAUUUUAAUGGACAAGAGAAAUAGCCCUACCAAUUUGAAAAUCAUUCUGCAGCCUAGACAAAAAAAUAAAUAGGCCUAAUACUGUUUUGAACAAUGAUUUAAUUAGAUUGUUUGUGGCUUUGGUAACAAUUUAAAUAAGAAUUACAUUAUGCAUCAAAUUAUACUGUAUAUUGCGUUCUUCCCUGCUAAUUCACCCCCUCCCCAAGACAAAAAAAAAUAAUGCAAUCUCAUAUCAAUGAUGGGCCGAUGUCAUUCCAGACGUCGCCCCACCCUAAUGUGAGGAUUCCAGUAAAGAUGAAUUGACAAAGUUCCACAGUCCCAUCUAUCUUUCUUAAACAAGGAAGUAAAACUGGUUGACAUACCUGUACUGUGAUUUACAUGUCUGUCUGUCUCCUCUCCUCAGUGCCCCAGCCCUCGGCGAACUCGGGCCUCAGCACCCACCUCCACCAAGCUGGGUCCCUCAAUGGGGCUGCCUCCUCAGGGGACCUGGUCCCUGGUGCCUCCCCGAGGAAGAAGCCCCGCAAGCAGCAGCACGUCAUCUCCACCGAGGAGACUGAGAUGGUGGAGACCAACAGUACAGAUGAGGACAGGGCUACAGGCCACAGGCCCCUGGGCAGCAGGGCUGAGAGGAGAGAGUCCCCUCCCAGGGAGUAUGUGGGUGGGUGGUUAACCCUAUGUUACACAGCUGCGCUCACCAGGGUGGGGUCAAUUACAUUUCAGUUCAUUCCAAUUCAGGAAGUAAAGUGAAAUUCUAAUUCUCCUUAUUGAAAACACACUGAGUUAUUUUUCCUUCUAUACAUUUGUAGCUCAUUGCAAAACUUCAGAAAUAUGGUCUCUUUUUUAACCAUGUUACGGUAGUAGAGCCCGGCGUUUGUAACGCCAAGGUAGUGGGUUCGAUCCCCGGGAAUGGCAUAUUAAUAUAAUAUUGCUGUAUUCCGUCUCAGAUGAGGAAGGGGUGCGUUACAUCCCUGUCAGGCCACGCCCACCUGUCACUCUGCUGCGUCACUAUAG